GUGGAGAGCGGUUGCGCGUGAGCCCGGGCGCUGCUGCAGGAAUAAGUGGGAAGGUAGCGGCGGCGGCGGCGAGAGAGAGAGAGAGAGCGCGCGAGAGCAGAGAGCCCGACGGGGGAGGGGCACCUGAGUCGGCGAAGGCGAGAGAAAGGAAGAAGGGGAGGGGGGCGAGGAGGAGAAGGAAGAAGAAGAAGGCGGGCGCCUCUGUGAGGGGCUACGUGAGGGCAGCCGGCGAGUGGGCGGGGCUUCGCCUGCGCCUGGCUGUAUAGUCGCCGCCGGCGCUGCCGCCGCCGCCGCAGCCGCUAGGAACCUCCCCCCUCCUCCCUUUUCCCUCGGUCCGGCGGGGAUGGCUGUGCUGGAUCUGGCCCUGGAGGGACUCGCCAUCUUCGGGCUCAUCCUCUUCUUGGUGCUGUGGCUCAUGCACUUCAUGUCCAUCAUCUACACGCGUCUACACCUCAACAAAAAAGCAACAGACAAACAGCCGUAUAGCAAGCUUCCAGGAGUGUCACUUCUAAAACCAUUAAAGGGUGUCGAUCCAAACCUCAUCAACAACUUGGAAACUUUCUUUGAGUUGGAUUAUCCAAAAUUUGAAGUGCUUCUUUGUGUACAAGACCAUGAUGAUCCUGCCAUUGAUGUGUGUAAAAAGCUCCUUGGCAAAUAUCCCAAUAUUGAUGCUAGACUAUUUAUAGGUGGUAAAAAGGUUGGGAUAAAUCCGAAGAUCAACAACUUAAUGCCAGCGUAUGAAGUUGCCAAAUAUGAUUUAAUAUGGAUCUGCGAUAGUGGCAUUAGAGUAACACCAGAUACACUAACUGACUUGGCCAAUCAAAUGACAGAGAAAGUUGGACUGGUUCAUGGCCUGCCCUAUGUGGCAGAUAGACAGGGCUUUGCUGCCACUCUAGAACAGGUAUACUUCGGCACGUCUCAUCCAAGAUCAUAUAUUUCUGCCCAUAUAACUGGCUUCAAAUGUGUAACAGGAAUGUCUUGUUUGAUGAGAAAAGACGUAUUGGACCAAGCUGGUGGACUCAUAGCCUUUGCACAGUACAUUGCUGAGGAUUACUUUAUGGCCAAAGCAAUAGCUGACAGGGGCUGGAAAUUUGCAAUGGCCACACAAGUUGCAAUGCAGAACUCUGGCUCUUAUUCCAUUUCCCAGUUUCAGUCCCGAAUGAUCAGAUGGGCCAAGCUACGGAUCAACAUGCUUCCAGCAACAAUAGUCUGUGAACCAAUCUCAGAGUGCUUUGUUGCAAGCUUAAUUAUUGGUUGGGCAGUGCACCACGUGUUCAGAUGGGACAUAAUGGUGUUUUUCAUGUGUCACUGUCUGGCAUGGUUUAUAUUUGACUACAUUCAACUCAGGGGUGUUCAAGGUGGCGCUCUGUGUUUUUCAAAACUUGACUAUGCAGUAGCGUGGUUCAUCAGAGAGUCUAUGACGAUAUACAUCUUCCUCUCUGCCUUGUGGGAUCCUACUAUUAGCUGGAGGACAGGACGCUACAGGUUACGCUGUGGAGGCACUGCAGAGGAGAUCCUUGAUGUAUAGCCACAGCUUUGUGACUCUUUCAAAUAAAGUGAAAAAGGAGAAAAAAAGAAAGUAUUAUAAAUUAUGUUUAUAUAAAUGCUUUUAAAAGAUCUACCUUCAAUAGUUUUAUUACCUGUAUGUUUUCGUAUCUGUUCUUUAAUUUAUUUUGCAUGGCACUUGCAUCUGUGAAAAAAGUACAUCUGUAGUCUUGGCCAAACGGUACCAUUUUUAUUGUACAAAAUCAAAUCAAGAUAAUUUGUUCCAGGAUUUAUUUUCCUCCUUAGGAGUGUUCUGCAGCAAACACUAAAGACAGUAUCUUUCAGUAUAGCAAAAGCUCUUUCUCUGUGUCAUAUAAUGUCCUGUGAACUGUCGUUCCUAUUGGAUGCUGUCCUUUGACCAUCUUCUACGCAGAUAUGUUGGAAAUGAAUGGAACUUGUGUGAGCACACAGCUGUGAAUUAUGGCUUUGUGGAUUGCACAUGUUGAAAGGGUAACACUUUUGUAGAAAUGCAGUUGGUUUUGGAAAGCACAGGUGGCAGGGAACGAGGAGAGAAGCUUUCUAAAUGAUCUAUGCCUACCUCUUGUAGUUGCUGCAGAGCAAAUACACACUAAUAGGUAACUAGGCCUUAUUAAACAAAAAAACAAAAGCUGGAAAUUUGUAUUUAUGUGUGUGUGUGACUGUGUGUGUGUAUAUAUAUAUAUAUUAGCAUAUUAUUAUUUUUGGCCUCACUGCAGUGAGCCAAUAAUGGGCAGAGUUUGGUGUGGCAGGUGGGAAGAAUUAAUGGUUAGCUAUGCCUAGAGGGCAUCUUUUGGCCAACUCCAAUUGGUUCUGUCUCGAACCACUUUUAAUCACUGUGCUGUUAGUCUAGCUAAUCUCCUCCUUCAUUCCCAUCUUGACUUUUUAAAAUGGUGUUUUUUGUUCUGUGUGAAUGAAUGUUUGAUAGUUAGAGGGGAGGGGGAAUGCAUUUCAGAAACAUUUCACACGAGCUAUUUUCUUAUACGCUAUGUCUUCUUAAGAAUGUAAUUUCAUGAUGCAGGUAUUUAAUAUCUUUUUUAAAAAAUGGGCAUAGGUCUCUCUCUCUUCACUAGUCAUCCUUAAAUAGCAAAUUGCAAUAGAUACUUGUCAGUAUACUGAAUAGGCAAGAUGAGUUUGCUGUUACUGAUAUUCAAUUGUAAGCUUUAACUAUCAAAGUAGGUCUAUUCUUGGCUUUUCCCCCUUCUGCCGUUAAUCUGGUAUUUCAGUUUGGUUUUUGUAUUCAAGUUGUAAUGGCUAAAAGACUAGAUCAUAACCAAGUUGUAAAUGCAUGAUGUCUUACCUUUUCUAUUCCUAUUAGCUUGUUCUCCAGCCCCAUCUAUGGGGCCGCUCUUAACUUGUGGUGAGCUGGACUUGUUUGAAACUCAUUUAAAAACAGACUCAAAAUACAAAGCAACACUUAGAGGGGACACUGCAUAAGCCUUUUGGGUUUUUUUUAUAACUGUAUUUAUGCUGCUUUCUCUUCCAAAUGGGCAUGGCAUGUUAUCACCAUAAAAGUCUAUUGCUAAGUGCAUAUUGCCAGUACGGCAGCUUUAAAUCCUGAGUUAUGACACUUCUGUGACAAAAAAAAGCAUAAUGUGUAGCAUAUUAGCAAUAACUGAGUGUUUAUAGAAAAGGACAUUUUUUUCCAAUUUACUGAGCCAGUCCAUUAACUGUCUGGUAUACACAUGGUGUAGUGUGUGUGGGUGUGUGGUUGUGUGCGUGUGUGGCUGGGUGCAUGCAUGUGUGUGCAGACAUCCUAUGAAUGUUUAACCCUGACCAAAUUUCUUCAUUCCUGUAUUUUCUUUAUUUGCCUUAUGACAUUACAGAACUUGUUUUGAAGGGCAUCUUUCCCCAUAAACAAGGCUUUUAAUGCACAAGCUGGUCUUUAUAUGUGAAUCAGGAAGAACUGCUUCCUGAGGAAAACUGCACACCACAAAGCAGUCUGGUUAUGACCCACUCAACUUUUUUUUUCCAUAUCCAUUAUUGUCAACACUGUUAUCCAGCUUAAUUUUGCAGAUAAUGUUUGUGUUUUGUGAAGUUUGGUUGAUGCCAUUCAUUGCGCUGCUGAAGUGAAGCUUGGCUGGCUUAGCUUGAUGCUGAUCACCACAUGGGCAGUGGAACAGAAAAACCAAAAAGGCUGGACAGACUUCAUUGUGCACGUGUGUGUGUGCGUGUGUGUUUUUUAAUGUUUUUUAGGUAUGAAGAAUUACUUUAGUGUUUGGGGGGGGGGUUGCAUUAGUGAAGCCUUUAAUGAUAAAGGAAACUGAUGCUUCGCUUAAGCCAGCAACUUGAUUUCUUAUGUAAGAAAUCUGGGUUGAUUAUGAAAUGGAAAUAAACAUUUUGAAGAUAUUGUAGGAGGGCACUAUGGCAGAACAGAGGAAAGGCUCAAGGUG